AUGGAUUUGGAAUUCAAUGUCUUUGCCCAACGUCGAGUCCUUGAUCAACAUGGUAUUACCAAAGAAAAGUUCAUUGAAGAUGUUGAUACCUUAUUUGAUUCACAAAAUCAAGAUCAAGAUGUAAUUGUUAGUCUACCUUACUUGCUGAUGGUCAAAGAAAAAUUGAUGAAUAGUUUGAAAUAUCCUGAAUCAGAAAUUUUUCGAAUGAUCUAUAAUCAAAAUUUUAUGGGACAUUGUUUCUCAGACAUGCCAUUAAAGGAGUUCCAUGAAGAAAUAGACAAAGCCAUUGAGAAAUACUUCUUCUCGCUUCCAAAAGAAGAUGAGGUACCAAAAGAAUCAGAAGAGGAAUGA